CAGAACAUCAAAGGAAAAUCUCCAUCCCACCAAAUCUUGGCUUCCAUUUUCAUCUGUCUGCAACUCCAGACGGCUUUUCAAGGCUUUAGGCGCCUUGUGUCCUUCGAGACAAAUGAGAGAAGACAACAGGCAACGUGUCCUACUAUCUACUCUGCACAGAUAUGUGUGUGUACAGGAAUACAGUGUGUUGACUAGUUUAUACAGAAGGAGUCUUUUGGAGAUCCCCGUGUGCUGAGAGUAACGUGCGUCCGUGCGUCAGAGUGCUGGACACUUGCACUGUAUGAGCUAAUUACGUUGGAUGGAAUUCAAACAGGUUAUGAGACGACUUUCAAAUCACUUAUUACUCAUGUAUGAAGAUGCACAUGCGCAAUCAGCCCCCUACCCCCACCAGCGUCGCGCCAACUGAACCCAGUCUUAAAACCGCGAGCAGCCGCAGACAUGAUCCGUUUAUUUGAGAGGACGGAGCGGUCUCAGACUGCCACAGGGAGAAGGAACAGCGUCCUUGGAAAACUGUGCACAUCUGACAGGUUUUGGUGAUGAUGAUUGGGAAGUUCAUCUGCUGUUUUUUUGCCCAGAAGCUUCUCUCAGCGUGACCAAUAAGAUUAGGAUGAAAAGGUGAAAGUUUGAUUUUAGUAAGUCAGUGGUUCUGACAAGCCGGACCUUUGAUUUAAACAGACGGAGGGAUGUGAGGGACACACAGUUUGGCCAAGUUUAUGACAUCAAACCCCAGAAUACGGAUUUCAGCUGAGAAGAUGCGUGUAGUCUGGAUAUUCCUCCUGUUCAUUGAGGAGGGAUUUGCACUUGCACAAAAGUCUAAAGAUGGAGGUGCAGGAUCAAAAGGGGUUAAACCCUCUCAACGGCCGCAGCAUUCUCGCCACUGUGGAAACUGGGUACGAAACCCAGAUGGCGGCAGCUUCAGCUCCCCAAACUACCCGCAUACGUACCCUCCCAACAAGGAGUGCCUGUACGUACUGGAAGCCCUGCCUCGCCAGAGGAUAGAGCUGCUGUUUGAUGAGACCUUCUACAUCGAAGCCUCAUUUGAGUGUCGCUUUGACCACAUCGAGGUGCGGGACGGCCCCUUCAGCUUCUCGCCACUCAUCAAUCGUUUCUGUGGCUCAGCCAGCCCCGGGCUCGUCCUCUCCAGCGGGCGCUUCAUGUGGAUCCGCUUUUUCAGUGAUGAGGAGCUGGAGGGCAUUGGCUUUCAGGUCCAGUACAGCUUUACUGCAGACCCUGAAUUUCAUCUGCAUGUGGGUGGACUCUUAAAUCCCAUCCCAGAGUGUCAGUUUGAGCUGUCUGGGGCUGACGGUCUGAUCCGUUCCAGUCAGGUGGAGGAGGAGUAUAAAGUGAAGCCAGACCAGGCAGUGGACUGCAUUUGGACUAUACGAGCCCCAGUAAACAACAGGAUUUACCUGCGAUUCUUGGAAUACCAGAUGGAAAACUCAAAUGAAUGUAAGAAGAACUUUGUGGCUGUUUACGAUGGCAGUAAUGCCAUUGAGGACCUAAAGGCCAAGUUUUGUAGUACAGUAGCUAAUGACAUCAUGCUGGACACUGGCGUGGCAGUAGUGAGGAUGUGGGCUGACGAGACGAGUCGUCUCAGCCGUUUCCGGAUGCUGUUCACUUCUUUUGCAGACCCGCCCUGUGUAGGAGGUGCAUUCUUUUGCCACAGCAACAUGUGCAUCAACACUUCUCUGGUAUGCAACGGCAUACAGAACUGUGUCUUUCCAUGGGAUGAAAGCAACUGCAAAGAGAAAAAGAGCAAAGGUGUUUUUCACCAGAUCACAAAGACUCAUGGAACAGUAAUCUGUGUGUCUACGGGAGUGGUGCUACUGCUUCUCAUCGUCUCCAUUCUGGUGCAAGUCAAACAGCCACGAAAAAAGGUGCUGGUACGUAAGAAUAACCUGUUCCACCGUGGCGACUCUCAGGAAGUGUUUGACCCUCCACAUUAUGAACUCUUUACUCUCAGGGACAAGGAGAUGUCUGGGGACCUUGGCGAGUUGUCAGAGGAACUCCAGUCCCUGCAGGCGCUCAGAAGAUCCUCAUCAGGGUCACGCUGCAUUCACGAACACCACUGUGGCUCCCAGGCUUCGGUCAAUUCCAUCAAAGGUGCACAUGGCAUAGGCAGGGGAUCCAUGGAGCUUCCGCCUUUCAGAGGGGACUUCCAGAGCACUUUACCGCCCCUUGGGGACUUGAACAGCAGUCUGCGGAAGAAGAGCUGGCCUAGUAUGAAACCAGGUCGAAUGCAGGGCCGUCAUGUUAUGGAAGACAGAGGGCUGGGGCAGCAGGAUAGAGUGAUGGAAGAGGAUGAAGAGGAGGAGGAAGAUGGAAGGUACGAUGUGUAUGUACGCAGAGCAGGAAGCCGAAGAGGGAACUUUGAAAUGACCCAGCAAAGGUCCUUGUCCAUGGACUUCUGAAAAGAAGAGAAGGUUGGCACAACUCUCCAACAAGUGUCACAUUUUGGGGUCAAAACUCACAAUUUAACACCACAGAGAUGAUGCGUCUCUUCUGCCUUUUUUGUAAUAAUAACAAUGAUUAUAUAAGACAUAAACGUGACUUCCUCUGCUCACACUCUUCUCAGUGACCACUGGGUGUGUUACAGAGCAGUGCUUCAGGAGCUUCAGCACUGCCGAUUCUGCUCGGGCACUUAAACAGCUGACAAGAGCUGUUGUCGUAUCUGUGAUCAGUGUAAAUGUGAAGACAGGUCAUAAUGCUGUGUAUUGUUGUGUUAUCAGUGUAUUUUGUUAAAUGCAUUUUACUGUAAAGCAAGUAGAUUUUGCUGAGAUAUGUUUUUAACCAGUGUUUAGGCUGUGCAGGAAUGCUUUAAGAGACUGUGAUGAUGUUUCAAGCAAGCAAUAGAAAAAAAAUCCCUCCGUUUUUUGUUCAGUUUGUUAUUACUUGUAUUUAAGAAUAAAAUAAAUACUAUA